GGGAUCGAGCACGAUUCGUAUCAGACUUGAAAUUUUUAAUCGGACUUUCGUUAAUCAUCGGCCGACAUGAUUAGCCGACAUCAAUUUUUCCUAUUAAUUCAUAUUUUGUGCUGCGCUAUGACAAUUCAUGGCAUUUUAUUGGACGCAAACGACGCCGAAACUUGCAAUUUGCUAUGUGUACAAUGUAACGCGACCGCGGUAUUUGCGAACGGCCACUGUGAAUGCAAUUUUGAUGAAGGCAGUGACGAAGUUUCAGGUUCGGAAUGCCUACAUCGCAUACAGAAAGAAAUUCAAGCCAUCGAACUGAAUAUGCUUUCCGAGGAUCUGACAGAUGAGGAGCGAAAUGUGCGUUCUAUAUUAAAAUACAGGCGUCGUCUCAGACCAGAAUCCGCUCCGUACGUGAGUUCGAUCAUGCAUGGCGCAGAGAUGUAUCCUCCGAUCUUAAGGGCGACGAAUCCAGCUAUCACCUAUCCAACAACCGGAUUGUACGAUCCGUUUAUUCAGUCACCAUUGCCUAUCCACCACGCUUUGGUCAGAGCGGUCACACUUCCCGCACACGUUUUGCACCAUGUAUUACAUCCUCGUCUGUAUCAUCACCAUCGCGGGAUCGUCAGAAGCACUAAUUUGCCAUCGGAUACAUCAGAUACAGGCAUUGUUGGUCAACCAAUAUGUGAAAAUAAUGGUGAUUCUACUUCCAACCUUCCUACCGCCAGAAAUAAUGCAAAUAAACUUGCUGAGCAAAAUGUCGGAUUUAAUGCUCCAUCACAGUAUCCAUACAUCACACACGCAGAACAACCAACGCUUUAUCAUCUCCCACACACUUCUUAUUAUAGUCCUUUGAUGAACAUGCUCCACCCUAUAUCUGGCUAUGUUUUUCAACCUGUAUCGCAAUACACACCACCGGACCCGCUGACUUCUGCGUCUAAUCCACAGUCUUCUUGCGGGAAUUAUGCAAAUACUGAACAGAGAAGUGUUUUAACUACUGACAAAGCUGUAUAUUCUAAUGAUGAAACGGAAAAAUCUGACGAUGCAACUAGAAACAUUUCUAAAGACGAGAAGAAAAAUGGAACCGAUAAAUCAUAAGAUAAAUUAAAUAUUGUAUACCUAAUCUAUCCAAAAUAUAAACUUGUGUAUUUUUUGUUUUUAUUAGCACAUCAUAUUCGUACAACAA